AUGGACGAUGGCGCCGUUGUGAUUGCACGCAUCCCGAAUCCCAAUGCUGGGCCGCCGUUCAAAACAACCGCGUCUGAAGUGGCGACUAUGGAUUUUGCUCGGACGGUGCUCGAGAUUCCUGUGCCGAAGGUAUUGGCAUGGAGCGCGGAGGCCGAGAAUCCUGUAGAGUCUGAGUACAUUCUGAUGGAGGAGGCUGCUGGUACUCAGCUCGGCGAGGUUUGGGACAAGAUGGAGAUUGGUGAUAAGCUCAAGAUUGUGGACGAUAUUGUCGCCAUUGAGAGAAAAUUCACGUCUAUAUCAUUCACUCGUUAUGGGAGUCUUUACUUCGCGAGCGACGCCUUCCCGGGCUGCGAAAAGCUCGAAAUUGUUGGUGAUCUACCGCAAUCAUUGAGAAACGUGAUGAAGAACCGCUUUGUGAUAGGUCCAGUCGUUGAUCGAGACUUUUGGCAUCGAGAACGGGCAUCAAUGGAUAUUGAUCGCGGUCCAUGGAACCGUGCUUCAGACUACCUCUUAGCAAUAGGCCAACGAGAGAUUGCCUGGAUAAGGAAAUAUGCCGCACACAAGCCGGUAAGCGGCCUGCUUGCAAUAUCUGAAGCGCAGCGCACUCCAGAGUCCCACAUCGUCCUUUACAAGAAGUUCCUAGACGUUGUUGAGUAUCUUUUACCAGAAGGAGAGGAGAUCAGACCUACCCUAUGGCAUUGGGACAUCCACGCACCUAACAUUUUCGUCGACAAAGAUCAUAUUACGGGUCUCAUUGACUGGCAGGAUAUAUGGGUCGGUCCCUUGUUCCUUCAGGCUCGGCAUCCGCGGCUCGUAGCUUACAACGGAGAGCUCAUCACAAAGCUACCUAAAAGCUACGAUACUCUUGAAGACGGAGACGAAAAGGAACACAUUCGGACCCAGGUUGAGAAGUCGAUCAUCUUGUGGACAUACAAAACUGAGACCAAAAACGCAAAUCCAAUCCUCCACGAUCUAUUGAGCAUAAACCAAGGGCGCAACAGGCGAGACACUGUAGAUUUCUCAGCCAAUACGUGGGAUAGAGACAUCAUCCCCUUCAGGCAAUGUCUCAUCCGCAUAGCACGUCACUGGAACGAGAUCAAUAGUGAAAUUCCCUGUCCAAUAGGGUUCACCGAUGAGGAGCUGGAAGCUCAUCUCCGGGAUGGGGAGGGCUGGAAUUCGACCGCGGACUUCUGGGACUCGGUCCAGGGGUUUGUCCAGCGCGAUGGAUGGACGUCAAACGAGGAUUACGAACAGGCACUUGAGAUAUUCGCGCAGAUUAGAGAUCAGGGACUGGAGAGCUUGAGUGGCAAGGAAUUGGUGGCUUUCGAGGAAGGCACUCGCUGGGCUGUGAGAAGGCCUGAAAAGAUCAAAAACGUGUAA